AUGAUAUUAUUCAUUGAACAUGUGUCGAAGAAAGUAAAAGAGGUUGAAGUGAAGAUCAGUGAACAUGAGGUUAUAAUGAAGGAGAUUCUAGGCCCAAACUUCACAGCCAUAGACGAUUCAAUCAACCAGUCCAUUGGGAAAUACAGAGACUUCCUACAAGCAACAAAGAUCAAGAACUAUCAGCGAGACACAGAGGACUACCAGCUCCACCAGGUCUACGCAUGGGAAGGACCAAGGACGGGAGCACCGAGAGGCCGACGUAGGGACACACCACUGACCGGGGGACGCAGAUACGCAGCAGCUGGAGGACAUGGAAAUGCUCUUUCUCUCUGAGUCUCUGGAGUUGGAUUUUAAGUUCUCCAGUAGCGUGCGGAGACUCGCAACAAGCGCAUUCCAAGAGGACUGAGAAUACAGAAGGAGCCUACAAUAGGGAGAAACGACAAAGCUUUCGUUCAGAAAUGGGGUGAAAUCCUCAACAAAUGUUCUAUAGAUUUAAUGAUAUUAUUCAUUGAACAUGUGUCGAAGAAAGUAAAAGAGGUUGAAGUGAAGAUCAGUGAACAUGAGGUUAUAAUGAAGGAGAUUCUAGGCCCAAACUUCACAGCCAUAGACGAUUCAAUCAACCAGUCCAUUGGGAAAUACAGAGACUUCCUACAAGCAACAAAGAUCAAUAAAUAUCCGCGAGACACAGAGGACUACCAGCUCAACCAGGUCUACGCAUGGGAAGGCCCAAGGACGUUGUGGAAAUGAAUCACUAUACUUUAUUAAAAAUCAAAGUUCUUACAGAGUUUUUGUUGAAUCAAGAUUUACUUUAUUGAAUUUCAAUAAAAGGAAGCUGGUCUGCAGAGUAGCCCCUCCUCUCCCUCUCUCUCUCCAUCUUAUAUAGUGCCCUCCACACACCCUAGCUUUAAAAUCCCUCUCUCUUCAGUUUCCCGCUCUUUUAUUGCUCCGCCGACUCCCUUUGUCUGUGGUGGCGGCUAAAUUCGACUUUCAUUCAGUUCAGAAUCACAUAGUACUACAAUCAAUCACUCCCCUGUCUUGCAAAAAUACUCAUGUUUAGUUUAGACUCUGUUCAACCCCGGCUCUCCCGGGCUUAACCGGAAGACCGAUUCUUGGACAUGACAGGUCCCUAAAUCCUUCAACCCCACCCCAUCAUGCUGUAAUCAAUCAAGAAGAUAGCCAAGGAGAGACAAAGGUCUAGCCCAAACUCCAUUCUACCCUGGUUCUGCUCCCUUCACUGUGUUUGAAGAGAGAAACAAAAGGCCACAAGCUAGUUUCAGUCUCUGAUGAGAUAAGACAGCCAUGGAUUUAAGUAAGAGCGAGCAAUUUGACCCUAGGUCAGAUUGCCUCUUUACCCCCACACACACAGUGAAAUGACCCAAUUAAAUUCCUGGCCCAGUAACACAAAAUUUUAACUCUAUGUUCGCGAUUAACUCAGUUUUAUCUCAUAGUCCAUUAAAAAAUACACAUCAGGAGCACAGAGAGGCCGACGUAGGGACGCACCACUGACCGGGGGACGCAAAUACGCAGCAGCUGGAGGACAUGGAAACGCAGACACAGAGGCAUCCACUGAGAGCGAAUUCCCUACAGACAGCGACUCCAGCUACCAUCGCACACAGACUUAUUUUUUAGCCCGAAAGCAGUACAACAAUAAGGCUCCACAAAAGAAAAGAAACGAUGUAGGAGAGGCAUGUGGUCAAAGAGGGGUCAGGAACACAGGCCAUGGACAUGGAGCUACAGCAGGACGC